AUGGCAGACGGACCCAGUCUCCACCGGGUCCAAAUUAUCACCGAUGUAGGUCGACUGGACCAACUGGACGAUAGCCAGGCUAUCAGUCUAUCGGAUAUCUCACGGCAGGAGAUUGAGUAUCUGUAUCUCAAAUUUGACGCACCGCUGCCACAGCCUGUGGGAGUCUCAUCACCACCACAAGGGCAGCAGGAACCGCCGUCCAGCCCCAGCCUUGACAAGUAUGCCUCGCCCUUCUUGUGGUCAAACUCCCGCAAGAGCGUGAUAACCGUGACCUGCUGCUGUGUGACGACCAUGGCAGCCUAUGCAGCGGGUGAGUAUACUCCGCCUGCAGAUGAAUUGACGUUCAAAUGGGGUGUUAGCCGAAUUGUCUACAAUUUAGGCAUUGGUGGAUCGACAUUUUCAACCGUGGUUGGAGGCAUUAUUCGCGAUAUUUACCAUGCCGAAGACCGACAUGCUCCCAUGUCGUACUUUUCAGGAGCUGUCCUCUUUGGCACAGGCCUGGAUCCGCUCAUCACCGGUUUUAUCCAACAACGGGCGGGCUGGCGGUGGAUGUAUUACUCGCAAGCCAUUGUAGCCGCCGGUUUCCUUGUUGCCCUUACCCUUUUCUUUAGGGAAACUCGGGGCAGUGUGCUCCUGAGUCGCAAGGCAAAGGCCCUCAACGAACACUAUGAUGCACUGGAAAGUGCGGGCUACUAUCAGUAUGGAAGGACCGCGUGCAACGCAUCAGGUGGAAGGUCAAGAGCGAUGAAGAGCCGUGAGAGCAUCGCCAAGAUGACUUCCAUUUCCUGCUACAGACCGUUCCCAUCUUUCAACUACCUGGCAGACACUUACCACCGAUAUGCCAGCCCUGCGAUUGCCGCCCAAUCAUUCUGUCGAAACGUUCUUGCGGGUGUCUUCCCUCUCGUGACCAACGCGAUGUUUAAGAAUCUAGGCUACCCUGCCGCUUCCAGCUUGUUAGGUGGCAUUGGCGUCUUACUUACAAUUGUGCCGUGGGCUUUGGUGUUUUACGGGCCUCGGAUUCGAGCUCGGAGUAAAUUUACCAGCGCCGUGAAGUGUGACCUUGGUGAUGUGAAAGACGAUGUACCGAGCCUCCACGAUGGGUUGAUCAGUGGUCGGGUGCAUGAAGAAUCCUUCCUUGACCUUUUGUCAACUUCUCAUUAUGCUUCCUCUAACGGCCGUAUCUCCUUCCACGACUUCAUUGGUAACAACUGGACCAUCCUCUUCUCUCACCCUGAUGACUUCACUCCCAUUUGCACUACCGAGCUCGGUGCGUUCGCUAAGCUCGAGCCCGAGUUCACUGCUCGUGGUGUCAAGCUGAUUGGUCUGAGCGCCAACGGCACCGAGUCUCACCACGCCUGGAUCAAAGACAUCGACGAGGUCAACGGUUCCAAGCUCACCUUCCCCAUUCUCUCCGACCCGGACCGCAAGAUUGCCUAUCUGUACGACAUGGUUGACUACCAGGACACCACCAACGUUGAUUCCAAGGGCAUGGCUUUGACUAUCCGCUCCGUCUUUAUCAUCGACCCCAACAAGAAGAUCCGUCUGAUCAUGUCCUACCCCGCCUCGACUGGCCGUAACACCGCUGAGGUCCUCCGUGUUGUUGAUGCCCUCCAGACCACCGACAAGUACGGUGUCACUUGCCCCAUCAACUGGCUUCCAGGUGAUGACGUCGUCAUCCCUCCUCCCGUAUCCACUGAGGAUGCCCAGAAGAAGUUUGGCGAAAUCCGCGCCGUCAAGCCGUACCUGCGCUUCACAAACCUCAAUAAUAAGCAGUAA